AUGACGGUUACGGGAACGGUCGGUCUGAGAGAGCAGGACGAGGAGACGGACCCUCGCAUGGCAGUGGCGAUCCGAAGAAGAAUGGAAGGUUCCAACUGGGGGUCGUUCUUCGGGCCUUCGAAGGUGGCGAUCGCCAAGACCGUGGUGGACGCGGAGCGGAUCCGACGGGAGGCUCAGGCCAUGGCCGCUCGCGAGGCCCAGCGGAAGCGCGAGGAGGCGGAGAAGGCACGCAGUGGCAACAAGGCGAGUGCGGCAGGGAGGCCUGCAGGGGCGAAGAAAGCACCAGAGGCGGCUUACCGGGACGACAGGAGGAUGCUCCUUGCUGAGGAAGAGGCGAAACGGAAGCGACUCAAGGAGAACCGGGACUUCUCCUUUCUGUUCUCAACAGAUUCCAAGCAGAAACCACCUCCCUCCCGGUCCCAAGUCACCCCGCCUAGACCGCACACAGCCCCUCCGAGAUCCCUCAGUACCCCUCCGCUUUCCAAGGACCAGCACAGCGAGAGAGAGCACGAGAGACACAAAGAGAGUCACUCCGACAGGCACACCGAGAGGCACCGAGAGGCACAUAAAGACGGUUACAGGGAAGGGCAAAGGGAGGGGCAAAGGGACCCUUACAGGGACUUUCACAACGACAGGAAUGGGGUGAAGGAACGGGAGAUUCCUAGGGACAGGGAUGCGCAUAAAGACAGGGACGGGCAUAGGGACAGGGGCGUGCAGAGGGAUGGAGAGGGGUACAGAGGGGCGGGCAGCAUCGGCCACAGCAGUGGGAGUACCCAGCAGCAACGGCCUGUAAACAGAGCAGCUGGCGCUGGUGCUGGUGCUGGUGCUGGUACAGGCGGGGGUUUUGGUGGUGGUUCCGGUGCUGGUGGAAUGGGGGCUGCAGGUGGGGGGAGAGGAGUAGUGAGGCCAGGGGAUGGUAGAGGGGCGGUAGGAAGGGGGAGUGUGGGCGGGAGAGGAGGAGUGGGCGCGGUGGGAGUCGGAGGGAGAGGAGGAGGAGGUGGAGGGGUAGGAGGGAGUGGUAGGAUAGGGAUAGGGGACAUUGUUCGAAGGGAUGGUGAUGGGAGGCGGUUGGAUGGGCGGGAUAAAGCAGACAGGGGGGGCCAUGGAGCGUAUGGGAUGAGUGGGCGGGGCGGGGGCUAUGACGAUCGGCCCGUCAAGGUAUUCUCCUUGCUUCCACACUCAAUCUUCCUCCUGGUCUCGAUCAUUUUUCACCACCCCUUCUGA